CUACAAUGCAGCUACUCCAACACGCUAAGGUACACUCCAGACCAGCUCGACCAUGCGACCAUGAAAAUAUCGGAUGUCUCGUGAUAGCGGCCGUGGAAGUCCUUGUCACGCGCCUACUGACAGCAAAUUGUCUCCGCUUUCUCGGGAUGACUGAGUGUUAUCUACUCUACUUUGGUUUUUAGGUUGUCGGCGUUGAUCGUCCUCCACUCCCGAAACCCUGCUCCGAACUGCGGCGCACGUCAUGAUCUAGCAUCCCAGCCCGUUCCACAACCCUCCACGUACGCACAACAACAACAAUAGCAACACCGACGAUAGUGAAGCGGCUUGAGGCCCCGGGAUAAACUAGAAACCAUGAUGGAGAGGAACCUUCAUAGGGCUCGUAUUAUUUCGAGCAUCGCCGCGACGGCUAUAUCGCUAGCAUGCGGCACCAACUAUGUCUACAGCGCGUGGGCGCCGCAGUUCGCUGAUAAGCUCCGUCUUUCGACGACGCAGAGCGAGCUCAUUGGCGUGGCUGGCAACUUGGGCAUGUACACGAUGGGCGUCCCGAUCGGUUGGGUCAUUGACCGCAACGGUUCACGACCAGCUGUCAUGCUAGGUUCGGCAUUGCUUGGUAUCGGCUACUUUGGACUCAAGGUCGCUUUUGAUCAGGGUGACGGAUAUGUGCCUUUAUUGUUCAUUUGCAGCUACCUAACAGGCUUUGGUGGCUGCAUGGCGUUUGCUGCUUCCGUGAAGACAUCGGCCCUCAACUGGCCUCACCAUCGCGGUACAGCUACUUCGUUCCCGCUGGCUGCCUUUGGUUUGAGCGCAUUCUUCUUCUCAAUGUUUGGAGAGAUUGCGUUCCCAGGGGACACAAGCGCCUUCCUGCUGGUCCUAGCGGUGGGGACCAUUGGCCUGACCUUUGUGGGAUUCUUCUUCCUCAAAGUGUGGCCGCACCCGAAUUCGGAGCACCAUCAUCACAACCAUGCGGGUGGUAGCCUCGGGGAAUCUGGUACCCCGUAUCAAAGUGUCCCCGGCUCAAACAGCGGCGAACAGAACGUUGUUGCAGAUGGAGAAGGCGGGGUCGGGGAUAAUUUGGCAACGCACCCAAAGACUUUGGACACGGACGUGCCGCGACGAGGCGACGAGGAAGCUGCCGAUGAGACUUCGUCAUUGAUGUCCCGCUCAUCAACAGCUUCGUCGUUACCCGGAGAGGUACUUGUGCAGAGCAUAGACCUCGACCGCUCCCAUCGAGUUGAUAUUCGUGGUUGGAACUUGUUGAAGAACACCGAGUUCUGGCAACUUUUCUCGAUCAUGGGUAUAUUGGCCGGCAUCGGACUCAUGACAAUCAAUAACAUUGGACACAACACAAAUGCCUUAUGGAAACACUACGACGAGUCCGUGAGCGAGGAGUUUUUGAUUGGCAAGCAACAGAUGCACGUGUCAAUACUCUCUGUUGGUAGCUUCUCAGGAAGGUUAUUGAGUGGGGUCGGAUCGGACUACCUCGUCAAGAACCUAAAAGCCAGCAGGGUCUGGUGUCUGGUUAUCUCAGCCCUUGUCUUUUGCGCAGCCCAGAUAUGUGCUUUGACCAUCACAAACCCCCACUUCCUCUUGUUCAUAUCAUCGCUCUCGGGGCUGGGCUAUGGCUAUGCAUUUGGGGUAUUCCCUUCCAUAGUAGCCGAGUCGUUUGGGAUCCACGGCCUGUCGCAGAAUUGGGGUUUCAUGACUUUCAGCCCGGUCCUGUCCGGAUGGAUAUUCAACUUUUUCUACGGACAAGCGUUCGAUGCACAUAGCGUCGUCGGUCCAGGAGGCGAGAGGACCUGCCUGGAAGGAAUCGAAUGCUACCGUCCUGCGUAUUUUUUCACAUUAGGGGCAUGUGGUCUGGGCCUACUCGUUUCCUUGUAUGUGAUCAGGCACCAGAGGUUGCAGAAGCUCCGAGAGGCGGCACGUGGGGUAGGAGGCGAGUAGGAGAAUGUGGACAUGCGAGGCCAGCUUUUGAUGCCACAGGAGAAACCGCUUCAUCUUGUAAACUAGCAUUGGCAAGGAGUUUUGGAGACGCAUUUGUUUGCGCGCAACUUAGAGACACGAUUUGUAGUGCACGGCAUUUAGACUAUCGCCAUAGACAGAGCAAACACACAAGGACGCGGUCAAGUUCUUCGGUUCUGAAAGAAUGAAAUCCCGAUAGGGUCGCCUUAAUUCCCACGAUGGGGGUAGCGUAAGGCUUGGAGUAAAUCUUGAGUCAACAUGACACGGAAAAAGAGAAAUAAAUAAUGCCGAG